GUCAUCAAACAGCGCCGAAAAAUGAUCGCAACGAAAAGCUAGCUACAACAGCAGCGGGAGCGGUGUCUUUCUGAAGGAUUUGGUGGUGUGGUUAUGAGCAGUCCCAUGGCUGGCUCCACUGCCUCUGCUUCUAAAGAGCGCCCAGCUUCCAGGACCAGCUUCAUCCCAGAGUUACAGAGCAUGAUGUUUGCACUGGGAGAUGCUCGGAGGCCUUUGCACGAGACAGCAGCUCUGGUGGAAGACAUCGUGCACACGCAACUCAUUACGAUGCUGCAUCAGGCCUGUGAGGGAGCGGCUCUUCGUGGCUCGAGGGUCAUUUCACCUGAAGACAUCCUGUUUCUGAUGAGGAGGGACAAGAGGAAACUGGCCCGGUUAAUAAAAUAUCUCCAGUUUAGAGAUUAUAAAUCCAAAGUACUCAGAACUCUAGAGGAUGAAGACACACAGCAAGAAACUGACAGGUGGGGGGGUCCAGGUGGUGUUGCCGGCGGUAACCAGCGGAGGCAGCGAUUGGCCCAGGAUUUUCUGGUGUGGAUGGAUCAGACUGGCGAGCUCCUGUCUUUAGCUGAGCGACAGGAAGUCGACCCCGUGAAACAAGAGAGGAUGGAGCGAUUAGAGCGUCAGACUCGGAAUAUGGACCAGGCUCAGUACUCGGAGUUCUGUGAAAGCCGACAGCUCAGCUUCGCUAAGAAAGCAUCCAAGUUUCGGGACUGGCUCGAUUGCAGCAGUUUGGAGUUGAAACCAAACAGCAUCGCCAUGGAGAUCAUGUCGUACCUGGCCUAUGAGACUGUUGCCCAGAUUGUGGACUUGUCUCUGUUGGUAAAGCAGGAAAUGACAGCCAAGACUAAUCCUAUCAGUCAUGUGACCUCUGCCAGCUACAUCCACUACAACACACAUGCUGAGGUGAAGAAGGAUCCAGACUCACCUGAGGCCACUCCCCCCUCCACCCCAUCCUCCUCCUCACACUCGUCAAAGCCCCUCCUACAGGGGAACGGCAGUCUGGACGGCCGAGCGAGACAGAGGAAACGCAAAAAGAGCUGUCCGGCUGCAGCAGAGCCACCCAACGGAGCCAUCCAGCCCUGUCACAUAAGAGAGGCCAUCAGGAGAUACAACUAUAGACACACAAGUGCUUAUUGGAAGAGUGGAAUGGCCUUCCUCGCCUGCUGAGGGAGAAACACAUUGUUCUGCAUGAAGGUCUGGAGCUCCACGGCUGCCUGCUCCACCUAGUGGACACCAUGAGAACAACAUUUAGUUGUUUCAGAAACCACAAUCAUAUACAUCCUGUAAGGGACUGAGUGAGGACUUCUAUUAAAUAACAAUGAAACAAUAUUUGAUGCCUUCAUAUAAAUAUGUCUUUUUGUAUAUAUUGUAAAGCUACAAAGUCAGUUCAGUGAUCAACACUUCAUCUUCCAAUUCAAUAUGG